UUAGCUUACAUUGAGUGGUUCACACCACUCAGGGAGCCAGACUGCUCAUCUGGCCUGCACCAGGUGUCGUGUUCAACUCAUCAGCUGCACUGGAAUGCAGCUGUGAUACACAUCGACGAAAUCACUUGUCCUUGCCAUCUUAUUUUGAAGAUCAGACAAGCCGUUGACCAUGGAUGGACUAGCACAAAUGUCUAUGAG